CUCAAUUAGAGCUGUCAAGGGUUAAAGAUCUCCUCUUGUUUCCUUACUCAUUUAUUCGAUAGUCUCAUUCAACUCGAGAGAUCAUUCACAAAACGAUCAAAAUGGCUCUAAACGUAUUGGCAUUUACAUUUGGAAUCAUGGGCAACAUCAUAUCGUUCAUCGUGUUCUUGGCACCAGUGCCAACUUUUGUUAGGAUCUGCAAGAAAAAAUCGACAGAAGGCUUUCAAUCACUUCCCUAUGUGUCAGCGCUCUUUAGUGCGAUGCUAUGGAUUUACUACGCUAUGCAAAAAGAUGGAUCAGGCUUCCUCCUGAUUACCAUAAACUCUGUGGGAUGUUUUAUCGAAACCAUCUACAUUGUCCUCUUCAUAACAUAUGCUAACAAGAAAGCAAGAAUAUCAACUUUGAAGGUUCUUGGGCUCUUGAAUUUCUUGGGGUUUGCCGCUAUUAUUCUUGUAUGUGAGCUAUUGACCAAAGGAUCAAACCGUGAGAAAGUCCUUGGAGGGAUUUGCGUCGGAUUUUCCGUUUGCGUCUUCGCAGCUCCUUUGAGCAUCAUGAGAGUGGUGAUACGAACAAAGAGUGUGGAGUUUAUGCCCUUCUCUCUAUCAUUGUUUCUUACCCUCAGUGCCAUUACAUGGCUCUUCUACGGUCUUGCUAUUAAAGACUUCUACGUUGCGCUUCCAAAUAUAAUGGGUGCGUUUCUCGGAGCAGUUCAAAUGAUUCUUUACAUCAUAUACAAGUACUACAAAGCUCCAAAAACUGAUGACACAGAGAAACCCAAAACGGUGUCGGAUCACUCAAUCAAUAUGGUCAAGCUUGCAUCAAAUCCACUUUCCGGUGAUUUGAAGGCUCCUCCUCAAAUUCCUGGUGGUGAUUUAGAGGGUCAGAUUGAAAAGGAAAUGGCAAACCAAAUCCAAGCCUAAGUAGUUUUUGUAUUAGUGAUUUUAUCGGUGUUGUACUGUUGAGUCGUGUUUCACUAUAGAUUGUAUUUGGCGCA